AGUCCGUAGCGAUCUUUUAUGUAACACAAGAGGAGGAUUAACGUGUAGGGAAGAUUUAUCGAUUGAAUUUGAACUUCUAGUCAAAGUCGUAGUUACUGUGGACAAGAUUCUUUUGAAAGUUUUGGGAAAUUAAUUCCGGAUGAGAGUCUCGAAGUAGUUUUUUCUUGACUUACUUUGCUGCAUGUUCUUGAUGUACUGAGAAGAUAUCUACGUAGAGGUAGCUCUUGAGACGGCUAUUGUAAAAGGACGAAUUCAAGGAACCAUAGUGUGUGUUGAUCAUAGUUUUGGUUAUUUUAGUCAUAGAAUCUUCUGUCCUGAGUGAGAUUCUAUAACUCGCAUACUCUCUACUGUUUUUGGUCAUAGCAUUGAGAUUUAGAGUUGCCACCCUGUCUGAUUUUUGGCUUAAAGGAUGCCUUCUCAUCGUACGGCGAAAGGUGCCGCUUGUGGCGAUUAUGUUGACUCUGCUCUGUUCGCGAGUGCAGGGCCUAAUGAUGCUGCUGCAAGCUACAAAAAGCCCGAUGUAGGUCAUCAACUGUCCUACGAUGAGCCGGCGUAUGCGGGAGCAGUGGUUCCAGGGCACGUUCAUUACGCAGAAGAUGGUGCAGCAUCGCACCGCUCGUCGUCGUCCUCGGGGAGUUCGCAGUCCACAUCAGGUCUCGCAGCAUUGGAGAUACGGAACGGAGCAGUUCUGGACAGCGACGGCAACCCUGUGGUCAUCAAAGAUGGCGUCAAGCGGGGAGACUGCACGGCGACAGGAGCGGCUAUGAACUACAUUACGGCGGCGAUUGGAAUCGGCAUUUUCUCGCUGCCGAAGGUCUACGCCAAUAUCGGCAUAGGUUUGGCCACGACACUUCUAGCUGUUGCGUUUUUCUUUUCUAUGGUAAUGUGCAAGCUAGUCGGCUCGCAAAUGGAUUUCGUUCGCAAAAUGCGCGUGCGAUCGGGUCUCGAGAAUAGCAUCGACACAAUGGACGGGGUGGCGUCAGCGGCUCUGUGGGGCGCACGGCAUAGUUGGAUAUUUAUCGGCGUCUGUCUUGUGGUUGACAACAUAGACUUGAUGCUCACAUGCAUCGUUUUUCUUACCGCAAGUUUUCCGAUGAUGCAGAAGCUGCUCUAUCAAUGCCAUUACGGAAUAAUGCAGGGAAGCUACCUGUACUGCUUUUUUUAUUCCUCUAUUCUUGUAGACUUGGAAUACUCAUCAAGCCUUCGAUCAAUCUGUGAAUACGAAACCUGUCAAGUUAGGUUCUUAACCUUCAUCAAGAUUACACGAACCUACUUCAUUUUUGUCAAUGUAACCAUAUUACAGUCUGACUUUCAAAAAUCCCUUCCACAUCAGGACCCGGAUGCUUCAAAAACUAGAGGUAAAAAUUACCCAUGCAAACGAUGCGAGCAUCGGAGUGCGGGAAUUGUUUACUUCGCGCCAGGACAGCGCUGUGAUGCAAUAUUUUAGCAAAAGUAGGAGUGCAGCUAUGCCACAGUCGAUGUGCGCGCAGCUAUUUGCCAAGACAGAAAUGUGGCCUGAGCCAAAGUUCGAUGAUGAGAAUAUUGGGGAUCGCACGCAGUACGCGAGGUUGACAGAUAGGCGUGAGUCUUGGUAUUGUAGACCGCAAUGGAAUGCCGCGAAGCAGCGAUGGCUUUUGGAUCUCGAAUGGCCGCGCGUCCCAGGCGAUCGGAACUCCGAGAUGAAUCAGCGCAUGGCAGGCAGACCAAACAGCGAGCCCAUGGAUCUUAUAGCCGAACUAAACAGUGCAUAUUGGUGGGAGAUGCUCUCCCUAGGACUGGUCGUGCUCUUUCUAGUGGCGACCAGCUACUUCAAAAACAUGGCUGCGCUUUCGAAGUUAUCAAUUGUCGGCGUUGUUGGAUCAGCGGCAGCUGCGGUUUUCGUCGUCGUCGCGAGCAUGUGCGAGAUCGCACACAAUGGAGGUAAGGACAUACGAGAUUAAAUCUGCAUAAAAAACGAUUGAUAUUCUUCUUCUUGCAAAUAAAGCAAUUACGAAGGGGGAAUGGUCAAGAAUACAAUUUUAUUGAGUGUAAAUAGUUUGAGGAAAACUACAACACCUUUUAGAUAAGUGGGUAGGAAGGAACACAGUGAGCGCAAAACUCCAAGAAAACGUUUGAUUGUCAGGUAAAGUAGGCCCCGGCGUGACCUUUGGGAUUCCCGACAGAGGAGCCUAUAGUAUGCCGGGCAGUGGGGGCUUCGCUCUUAUGCUUGCAAUAUCGGGAGCAUUUUCGACGAUUUGGUUUGGUUUCGCGGUGCCAGUCAUCACGCCGACAGUAAAAAGCGAUAUGUCCGAGCCUCACCGGUUCGCGAGGGCUGCUGAAUACUCCCAUUAUUUUAUUAUGGUUAUCUAUCUCAUCGUCGCAUUCUGCGGCUACUUUGCCUUCGGAUCGGAAGUCGAGAGCCUCGAUUUGCAUCAUGCGCUGGUACUUAUUUAUUUCUUCUAUGUAGAUACAGCAAGCGUUGGCACUUCCACUUUCCGACACGGUUUGCGUUGCCUGUUUGGCAGUGGCAUCCAUUAUUGUGAUUUAAUAAGAUGCAGCAAAUGAUUUCUCCUUAUACGUAAAUGUAUUCGCUUACAUGAUUCUUUGUCCCCUCCAUCUCCAACCAUAUUCAUGAUAAUGUCUUCUGUGUCUCUGUAAUCCAGGUACCGCCAUCGCUGAUGAAAAACCGUACAUUUGGUGCCGCGUCAUGGGUCGUCAAGGUGAAAGCAAUUUGCCAAAUCCUGGUGGAAAUCGGCAUUAUGGCGAACGUAGUUGUGACGUACCCGCUUUUUCUGAAUCCCGUUGCAAUCACGAUAGAGGGCUUUUUCACGAAAUGUUUGGUGCGUCGAAAAAAUCCUGCACAAGACGCAAGUACAGAAGAAGGUUCGAAGUCGGCAGAGCUGAGUGGCUGUGCCGAUCUUGGUUUACGAAUGGUCGUGCGAUCAUUGCUCAUUGCCAUUACUGUCGUGGGUGGCAAAUUCCUCAUGUCCGAGAAAGUGAUGCAAGCCACGGGUGCCGUCACAGCCAUGUUCACGUGCGUCUACCUUCCCUUCAUUAUCCACUGCAUUCUCUAUUUUCGGUUCUGGGUAAAGCAACCGCGUAGGAUGCGCAGAUUGGUGGCCCAAUCGAAGCGUCGGCUUGCAAAGGAACAGCGCGCUUGCUGUGGCAAGCGUACCAUAGUGCACACGCCUAAUAGUAAUACAACCGACCACCAGCAACAUCAAGGAGAAGGAGAGCGAGUAGGUCUGCUCGCAACUUCCGUCGCUUCGCACGAUGACAUCGCCGAAUGCGAAAGGACAUUUUCAGCUGACAUGGCAAAUGUCGUUGUGAAGGACCAGUACUCCUGGUGGCGAUGGUGUAUAUACAUUAGUUGCGUCAUAGGGGGCAUGGGUUGCAGUGUCCUUACGCUUGUUGACAUCGCUUACGGCGGAUAAAGCUAGCAUUGGUCGAGCAGGUGCUCCUUAUCAUCCUCAUGCAGAAGCGCACUCACUAACCAACCUAAGGUCUAUCGCAUGAAAUAUCCAGUGUCCCGAGAAAAUGAUGAUGACCAUGGCAAACAUGCACAGCGACAGGAAUGGGCUUUGCAACGGCAGAGCGGCAGAAGCUGAAGAGUGUUUGUCCUAAAUCUAUUGAAGCAUGUUGAAAACAAAUGAAACGAAAAUACCUCCACAACAACAUCGAGCGACCCCAGUUCGCACGACAACAUCUAUUGACAAAUGACUGAUCUCUUUGACAACUAUUUGCCGGACGGCAAAUGAACGAUUGAUAACGCUGAAGUGCCUGGUGGCGCACAGUGUUU